CGCGACGUUUUAAGCAAUAUCUUCUUUUGUUUAAACUGCAUAAACGACAGACCAUAUCACAAUAUCCAAGGCGCAAUGGGUGUUGAAUUACAAUUCGAUGCACUUUUUUUUUGCAUUACUCGCAAACAACACAUGAUCACUCACAGACCAGACAGUAAAGACGCCAUACAACGAACAACUGAAGCCAGCCUUUUUAUUGAAAUUCUGUCACACAUGUUACUAGUUCCGGAAAUGAAAGCCAUGCUGUAUGCGGCCAUCGAGCAAUCGCCAUCCGCAGAGCUGGUGGAGCGUGAGAUGGUCACGCGGUACUUUGCCAAAUUCGAUGAGGAGUUCUUCCACUACUGCGACCGGGAGCUGGCCAAGAUCAACACAUUCUACUCGGAGAAGAUGGCCGAGGCCACACGCAAAUAUGGCAAUCUGCGCAGCGAACUGACAGAGGCCCUGGAAAUGGGCCAUCCAAAGAAGCUGCCGGCCUGGAAGCGACGCACACCGCUGGGCAAGAAGAAUGUGCCCGCACGCAAGUUACAGGAUCUCAAGUUGGCAUUUAGCGAGUUCUAUCUGGGCCUCAUACUGCUCCAGAACUAUCAGAAUCUCAAUUUUACGGGUUUCCGCAAAAUCCUCAAGAAGCACGACAAAUUGCUUAGCGUGGAUUAUGGGGCACGGUGGCGCACCGAUCAUGUGGAGGCGGCGCAUUUCUAUACGAAUAAAGACAUCGAUCGGCUCAUCCAGGAGACGGAGCAGGCCGUCACACAGGACAUCGAAGGCGGGGACCGACAGCGGGCCAUGAAGCGAUUGAGAGUUCCGCCGCUGGGAGAACAGCAGAGCCCGUGGACCACCUUCAAGGUGGGCCUCUUCUCCGGCGCCUUCGUGGUGCUCUUCAUAACGGUUGUGAUUGCAGCCAUGUUCUACGGCUUUGGCGAGAACUGGCGCGUUGGUCUUCGGAUGUUUCGAGCUCCAUUCCUCAUCAUCGAGUGCCUCUUCCUCUGGGGCGUAAAUGUCUAUGGAUGGCGGUCUUCAGGGGUGAAUCAUGUGCUGAUCUUUGAGCUGGAUCCGCGCAAUCACCUGUCCGAGCAGAACAUCAUGGAGGUGGCCUCUGUGUUCGGUGUCAUCUGGGCCUGUUGUGUGCUCAGCUAUAUUUUCUGUGAUCCGUUGGGCAUUCCACAGUACGCGGCACCCCUGAUACUCUACACUCUGAUGGUUGCCUUCCUGCUGAAUCCCACGAGGACGUUCCAUCACGAAGCUCGGUACUGGGCGCUGCGCGUACUCGCACGCGUGAUCAUGGCCCCCUUUUGCUUUGUGAAUUUCGCUGACUUUUGGCUGGCCGAUCAGCUGAACAGUAUGGUUCCAGCCUUUCUGGAUAUACCCUUUUUGAUAUGCUUCUUUGGUCGCAGUCCCACAUGGCAAAAGGCGGGAAAGGCUGGCAGCCACUGCGUGGAAUAUGUCUCCCUGCUGCAGCCCAUUGUGGCCAUUCUGCCAGCUUAUUUCCGCUUCGCUCAGUGCAUACGUCGAUAUCGCGACACGAAAGAGUCGUUUCCGCAUCUGGUAAACGCAGCAAAGUAUGCCACAUCAUUCUUUGUGGUAAUUUUUGCCCACAAAUAUCAUACGACAACGGAUACCUAUCCACUGUCGAAGGAGAAUCCAUGGUUCUAUUGCUGGAUUACGGCGGCAAUUUUCACCUCCUGCUACGCCUACACAUGGGACAUCAAAAUGGACUGGGGCCUCUUCGAUUCCAAGGCGGGCGACAAUCGAUUCUUGCGUGAGGAAAUCGUUUAUUCAUCGACGUGGUUCUACUACUUUGGCAUAAUUGAGGAUUUAAUAUUGCGCUUCAGCUGGACCCUGUCCAUGAGCCUCAUCGAGGCUGGCUACAUCGAGGGUGAUGUAAUGAUGACCAUACUCAGUCCCCUAGAGGUUUUCCGUCGCUUCAUUUGGAACUACUUUCGGCUGGAGAACGAGCAUCUCAACAAUGUGGGCAAGUUCAGGGCCGUGCGGGAUAUAUCUGUUGCCCCACUGGAUUGUUCAGAUCAGAUCACAAUCCUACGAAUGAUGGACGAAACGGAUGGUGUGCUCAACCGGAGGCGUGGCAAAGCCACAGGCGGCAAAAGCGGCACCAAAAAGAACAAGCAGGAACAACGUCUGCUGCUGCAAGGCGAAUCCAUAGAGGACCUAUGCUCCUAGGCCCCAAAUCCCAAUUACAAUAACAUCUCUAUGUGCACAAAUAUUCGGUUAGAGCUAAUAAAGACCCCCCACAGUUGCAUUUUCCGGA